AUAAACCAGCAGCUGCUGGUCCAUGAACCAAGUUGUCACUACAAACAGGGCACUGUAUGCAUGGGACAGGAUGCUUUCAUGGAGCCCGUCAGCAGCACCGUUGGGGUCUUUCAGUGCAAAAUAUACCUCCUUCUCUUAGGUGCUUGCUCGGGGCUGAAGGUGGCAGUGCCAUCCCACACCGUCCAUGGCAUCAGGGGUCAGGCCCUCUACCUCCCUGUGCACUAUGGAUUCCACACUUCAGCCUCAGACGUCCAGAUCAUAUGGCUUGAGAGACCCCACACGAUGCCUAAAUAUUUACUGGGCUCUGUGAACAAGUCUGUGGUUCCCGACUUGGAAUACCGACACAAGUUCACCAUGAUGCCACCCAAUGCAUCUCUGCUCAUCAACCCACUGCAGUUCACUGACGAAGGCAAUUACAUCGUGAAGGUCAACAUUCACGGAAACAGAACUCUGUCAGCUCGUCAGAAGAUACAAGUCACCGUUGAUGACCCUGUCACAAAACCGGUGGUGCAGACUCAGCCUUCCUCUGGGGCUGUGGAGUGUGGGAACAUGACCCUGACAUGCCUCGUGGAAGGGGCACCGGCUGGUUUACCAGUGGCUAAAAAUGGGAGACCUGUCCAUACCAGCCCCACCAACUCCUUUUCUCAAAACAACACUCUUCAUAUUGCUCCAGUGACCAAAGAAGACAUUGGGAAUUACAGUUGCCUCGUGAAGAACCCUGUCAGUGAGAUGGAAAGUGACAUCGUUAUGCCCACCAUAUAUUAUGGACCUUAUGGACUUCGAGUUAAUUCUGAUAAAGGACUAAAGGUAGGGGAAGUAUUUACUGUUGACAUCGGAGAAGCCAUCUUGUUUGAUUGUUCUGCUGAUUCGUAUCCUCCCAACACCUACUCCUGGAUUCAGAGGACUGACAAUACAACAUAUGUCAUUAAGCAUGGGCCUCACUUGGAAGUUGCAUCUGAGAAAGUAGCCCAAAAGACAACUGACUAUGUGUGCUGCGCUUACAACAACGUCACUGGGAGGCAGGAUGAAACUCGUUUCACAGUCAUCAUCACUUCCGUAGGACUGGAGAAGCUUGCACACAAAGGGAAAUCAUUGUCCCCUUUAGCAAGUAUAACUGGAAUAUCACUCUUUUUGAUUAUAUCCAUGUGUCUGCUUCUCCUAUAAAAAUAUCAACCCUACAAAGUGAUAAAACAGAAACUAGAAGGCAGGCCAGAAACAGAAUACAGGAAAGCGCAAACAUUUUCAGGCCAUGAAGAUGCUCUGGAUGACUUCGGAAUAUAUGAAUUUGUUGCUUUUCCAGAUGCUUCUGGCGUUCCCAGGAUGCCAAGUAGGUCUGUUUCAGCCUCUGAUGGUGUAUCAGGGCAAGAUUUGCACAGCACAAUUUACGAAGUUAUUCAGCACAUCCCUGCCCAACAGCAAGACCAUCUGGAGUAA